AUGGAGGCACGUAUUAAGAACUGCUUCUUUAAACCAAAGUCCUCCAAUACCGACGUUGAUGAAUUUAAUGCAGACGAUGCUAUUGACAAUAUAAUUGAGGACUGUGACAAUGAAAAGAAUGAUGAUUCUUCCGAUUUGAUACGAAAAAAGUCUGUCAGGAUGCAGUGCAGAAUGUUCCUGGCGGGAGCUGCGAAAGCUGACAUUCCCAUGUUUGAGGACUAUCAAUCAUUGAAGGAUAACGUGAUCAGCAGAAUGCGCUCAGGUAUUGCAAAAUCCGUUAUAGAAAAUGACCAAAUGAUUCUGAAAUUUAGAUCGAUUCUAUUGAACAAAAUUGGGAGCAAAAGGCAUCAUCUGAUUGCUCAGCGAAUGCGACAGCUAGGGCGACUUCUUGUUGAAUUCCGACAACUACGCACGUCUCCGACUUCCCUCUAUGAGAUUUUAGAUGGCCAAUACUUCGACCAAGUCAUCAAAGCUACUAAAGUGCUUUGCAAAGCCGGUGAUGGUACCACAAUGAAUGGUGUUUCUCUGUUAGGAACACCAUCAAUCGGAUUGCAUAUAGGUCACUCCCUGAAAAAGUGUGCACUUAUCAAACAAGGUAUCGGUCUAAGAAAACAACGGAAAGAAACACUCGACAAAGCCCGAAGAUUCACUGAUCUGUUCAAUGCCGAGUGGAUGGAAAACAUUUCAUCGCAUGCACUGCAAAAUUUGAAGGAGAGGCGAUACAAUGCGACAGAGCUAUUGCCGGUUACGAGUGACGUCCUUGUAUUGAAGGACCAUUCAGCGAGAGGACUCCUUCUAUUAGAGAAGAAAUUAGCUGAUAAUCCAUCUCCGGCAACAUGGCGGCGGCUGUCAGAAGCCGUAUUCACAUCAGUGACACUGUUCAAUAAACGUCGUGGUGGUGAAGUUGCCAAAAUGCAUACUUCAUGUUUCGUCAAGCGUCCAAGUUGGAGAGCUGAUGGAAAUGAAGACAUUCUGCGGUCCCUGUCACCACUAGAAAAGCGACUUCUUAAAAGUCUCGAUAUGGUCCAUCUUCCUGGCGAACGAGAUCGGAAAGUUCCACUACUUCUUGAACAAGAAUGGGUGAAACCAAUGCAGUUGCUUGUAGAAAAAAGGGCUGAUUGUGGUGUUGAAAGCGAAUACUACUUUGGUGUGCCUGGAAGGAAAACCCACUUGUCACCAUGGAAGGUGUUAAAUGAUGCUGCAAUCAAUGCAGAUUGCAAAUGCCCAGACUUGAUUUCAACCACACGCCUGAAGAAAUACACAUCAACGGUAACCCAGGUCCUUGGUCUGAAGGAAGGAGAACUUGAAUGGUUGUCAAAUCACAUGGGCCACACCGUGGAUAUACACCGACAGUCAUAUAGAUUACAUGAAAGCAUCAUUGAAAUGGCCAAGGUAUCGACAAUUUUAUUGGCAAAAGACAGUGGGUGA